AUGGUGGUGUCGCUAAAAUGUCGAACUGUCCCGGUGAACUUCGCAGUGAUGAAUGAGCCAUCGCCGUAUAAUAUGAUCUUAGGGCAGCCUACCCUGAAAGCACCCCGAGCUGUCUGCUCGACCCUGUACCUCAGCAUGAAAUUCUCCACAUCUGCGGGAGUAAUGGAAGUGGUAGGAGAUCCAGAGGUGGCUGGAGUCUGCUACAUCACCACUCUUAAGGGUAAGGAAAAAUUGGUAGCUCAAAUAGCCUACUUGGAACCUUGGGAGCCAGCAGAGAAGGAGAGACCGGAGACAGAUGAAAGGCUGCUUGAACUGCUGAUCAGCAAAGAACGACCAGAUCGCGUGGUUAAGACCGACUCAUGCCUAAGCGAACUGACCAGGAGGGCGCUAGAAUCCCUUAUGGCGGAAUAUGCAAAAAUCUUUGCCUGGAGUGCGGAAGACAUGCCCGGAAUUCCAUCUGAACUGGCCGUCCACAAGUUGCACGUGGACCCCAGCGUUCGGCCUGUGAAGCAGAAAAAGAGGAACUUUGCGCCUGAACGAAAUGAGGUCGUCAAUGUUGAGGUAGGCAAACUGUUGGAGACUAAGAUUGUAAAGAAGGUCUUCUAUUGGACCUGGCUAGCCAACCAUGUGCUGGUAAAAAAAGACGACAAGGCUUGGAAAAUGUGCGUGGAUUUCACCAAUUUGAACAAAGCUUACCAAGGAUUGCUACCCUCUUCCCCGAAUCAACCUACUUGUGGAUUCAACAAUGGGAUAUGA